AUGUCGCAGGCGAACAACCGGGGUGGCGGCAACAAGCGGUCGCGGAUAUCCUCUUCAGGCGCCUAUCGUCAGCGUGAGAACCAGUCGUCAUCGACGUCGACAAAUGUCGCUCAAACACAAUCAGGUUUGCUAAUCGAUAAUGAAACUGAACUAUCAUCGGAAAUAAUCAAAGAACAAUUGAACAGUGUCGAUGAUAUCAUAACACAACCGAUUAUUGAAGUACCGACGAAACGUUUAUUACAUUUAAAAGAACUCGGUGGAAAUCUAUUUGUUUCAUCGUCAACCAAAAUCUAUUCCAAAGUAUUACAGAAAUUAUUCGAUCGUGUUCUAUUUACGAAAUCCUUAAAUAAUGAUGUUAAUACAGCACCAUCAGAUUUACGUGUAUUCGAACGUGUACUUGCACGUUCAGAUGAUAACGAUGCUUAUUCAACAUGUACAUCAUUGGUACAGCCAAUGUCAGCAACUAUACUUGUACUGGGUUCAACAUCUUGUGAACAUGCGUUCGCAUGGAAAUUAUCACAACGACGAAAUUUUAAAACUUUAAUAUCUCCAGGUAAUAGUGGUUCAACAACUGAUCAACCAAAUGGAACAAUAUCGACAAUAUUUCAAACUGAAAAAGAUAUACUAGAUUUUGUCGAUGCAAAACAAAUUGAUCUUGUUAUUUCCUUGAAUAAAACAUUUUAUUUCGAAGAACUCGAAGCACGUUUAUGUGAACGUGGAUUACAUUAUUUAGGCUGUUCAGUUGAUACUUUAGCAUUAAGUGAUAAUCAAUUGAAUGCAAAACAAUUUAUGACUAAACAUAAAAUUCCCACAUUAGAAUGGACACAUUGUUUAAAUGAACAGGACGCUGAAAAUUAUUUAAAUAAACAUCCGAAUCAACAUCAAUGGAUUGUUCGUGCAACGACUGGCAAUGGUUUAAUUAAUUGUAGAAAUCGAGAAGAGGCUCUACAAACUGUUAAGGCAGUGUUUGAAGAUCAUAUACUUGGUAAACUAAAUCAAUCGAUCAUUCUUGAACAUGGUUAUUCUCUUGAUGAUAAUCAAAUAUGUGUUUUAUAUAUUGUAAGCGAUGGUGACGGUGAUUAUAGUCAGUUACCAAUCAUACAAUCGGAUCCGUUACGUAUGGGCGCCUAUGGUCCAUGUCCUUAUGUAACAGCAAAACAAUUAUCCUAUAUUCGUCGUCGUAUUGUUGAACGAACGCUUCGCUGUUCACCAACAAUUCGUCAUUUAUUUGGUUUUCGUUUACUUCUUCAAGGACCGAAUUUCAAUCAAGUUUGUCUACUUGAUUAUCUAUCCACAUUUGAAGAACCAGAAGCGGAAAUACUUUUAUCAUUAUGUGAACCCGAUGUAUUUCUUCAAUAUGCACUGGAUUUACCAUCAGUCCCUAUUCUAUCAUUGACAAGUAAAAAACGACGCGUCCAUUGUGUUAAUACAACAAUAUCGUCAACGAAAAAUUCAUUAACAAUUCCAAAUAAAAUUUUAUUAACAGCAACAAAAAAUAAUAAAGUUAAAAUAUUUCAUAAUCAAAUAGAUGUUAAUGUAAAUAAUAAUGGUUCAGGAGAAACAACAGUUCUAACGACGAGUGGUGAAAGAAUUUUCAAUGUACUUGGCUAUGGUUCAACAUUGCAAGAAGCACAAAUACAAUCAGUACUUGCCUCUGAAUAUAUUAAACAACACGCAAAUAUUGAUAAACUUUUAUUCAAAUCCGAUAUCGGUGCUGACGCCAUUGAAUGGUAUAAAACUCAUGCUGAUCGUCAUCAUUUAUCAACUAGUAGUUUAACCAAUGGUAAAAAGAAGAAAAAACCAAUAACAACAGUAGGACAUAAGGGUAACCGGGGUUUUACCGCUCGCCGUCGUAAUACGAAAGAUGCGGAACAAGGUGAUGAAAAUAAACAAAUGGAAACAUCUGAUGAUGAUGAAAAUGAACCAAUGGAUUUUGAACGUGCAUUUGGCUCAGUAUCGGAUGUACCAAAAUUAGAACAUAUGGACAUUCAUCAAAAUAAUGGAGAUUUCAACGAUUUUAACAUCCGCGAAGGUGAAUUCUAUUUUGAUCUGCCUGCUAAAAUUGAUUUGAAAAUGUAUCAACAACCUGUGCUUAUUUCAUCAACAAUAAAUUUAAAUCCAUUAGCUGCUCUAUUUAAUUUGAAUGAUGGAGAUAUGAAUGAUAGUCAAACUGUAUUCGAAUACCUUGGUCACGAAUUAACUGUUCGUUGUGCUAAUGAUCUUAUCUGUGCUCGUACACUUUAUGUUCAAUGUUGUUCAUUACCCGCCUCAUCUCGUCGUUCGAUGCAACGUUUUUAUCAAGGCAUCGAACAAGCAUGUCAACAACUUGAUUGUACACUUCUUAAAACAACGACAACAACAUCAUCAUCAUCAUUAUUUAGUUCUUUAUGCACAGGUUUAUGUGAUCGAGAUUUAAUUAUACUGAAUAAUACAAAUCACCCUGUUAUCAAUGAAAACGAUUUAUUAAUUGCACUUCGGUGUAGUUCGAGCACAGUCAAUACACAAGGUUAUAUACAAUUAAAGGAUUUAUUUCAAAAGAAAAAUAUUCAUUUAAACGAUACGGUACCAUUUCGAACCGUUGAUGGCGAAGAAGAAUCAUUUUUUUCAUUAUUACUUCAAAAAUCAGCAAUAUUAGCUUUAUCACUAUCGAAAACGAUUGAUGAACUUAUUAAAAAUCGUACAAUUAAAGCUAUCAGAUAUGUCAAAGAUAUUGGUCUUGCUCGUAUGAUUGAAUCGUUUCUUGGUUCGCUAUCAUCAACUUUAAAUGUUGAAUUAAAUGGGCAACAGUGGCCUGUAAUGCCACCGCUUUUUACUUGGAUUUAUCAACAUAGUGGUUUUAGUCAAGAUGAAAUGUUUGAAUAUUUCAAUUGUGGUGUCGAUUAUUUGCUUCUUGUUGAUCAUACAAAAACAAGUGUUGAUGAUAUUCUUCGUCAAUUAACAGAAACACAUACGUCAAGUUAUUAUCUUGGAACAUUUAUAUCAACAAAUACAAGUCCAGUACGUAAACCAAUACGUUUACCACAGCAACCUAUCGUAACAUCACCACGACCACGUACUAUUCAAUUGAAGAAUAUUUCUUUUAAAUACCCAAAACCCUACCAAGCAGCUGCCGCUCUUACAAGUAUUACAUUACCAAUGGUCAUCAAAGAUCGUAUGAAACAACCUAUUGCCAAUGAUAAAACACGUUGUGCUGUACUUAUUUCAACUAAUGAUACAUCUCUACUAUCACUGCUUGCGUAUAGUACAUCAACUCUUGAAUGUGCAUUCGAAAUUGUUCUUGUUCUUUCAACAUUGGCUAGCCUAUCGGAUAUAGCGCGUGUUAAUGAAUUAUACCCAUCGGUGGUUACUAAAGUUAUUCAACCUAAAAAAUAUGCUGCACGUCAUUACGAUCUAGAUCAAAAAGUUGAUGAUGAAUUACAAUUACAUGGUUGUGAACUAGUUAUACUCGAUCGUUAUGCAUGCCGUUUAUCGCCGACAUUUAUUAUGACAUGGCGUGGUCGUAUACUCAGUAUUUAUUCAUCAUUAUUACCAGCAUUUCGUCAUAGUAGUUCACCAAUUCGAGAUGCAUUACAAGCUGGUGUUCGUAUAACUGGUGUUACUGUUCAGUUUAUUGGCGAAUCCGAUACUGAUAAUGAUGGACCUAUUAUCGCACAAGAAAGUAUUUCAGUAUCGCCAAUAGAAACGGAAAAUCAAUUAGAAAGUCGUUUACGUAUACUUGAACAACAAUUAUAUCCUAAGGCGAUUGAUAUGGUUGCAUCAGGAAAAAUUGUUUAUCAAGGAAAACGACGAAUGGGUAAAACAAAUUCGAUUACGCCAACAAUACCAUCGUCAUAUUAA